AAGGCUAUUUCUGAGUGGCCGACAGGACUGGAAGGGAGCGAGGGGCCUGGGCUGUUUCUGGUUGCCGGUCGGUAGAUUGUUCUUCGCCACGUGAGUAAGCGGCUAAGGCGCUGACAUCACGGGCCAGGUAGUGACGUCAUUUCAAGAAAGGGGUCUAGGCUAUUGACGUCAAUAAGAUGCCAAGAAAACAAGAGGUGGAAGAAGAGGAGGAGGAGAGAGGAAAGGAAGCAGAUAAGGUGGUGAAGAAAGGAAAAAAAGACAAAAAGGGAAAGAAAUCGUUUUUCGAGGAGUUAUCGGCAGACAAUAAGCAGGCCCAGGAGGAGGAAGCCGCCAAGGAGCGAGAGAAGGAGCAGCACGAGCAGCAGCAACAACAGCAAAAGAAGAAAGAGAAAAAGAAAAAGGACCGCCGGAAGCAGAAGGGGGGAGGAGAUGAUGAGGAUGAUGAAGAUCGGGAGAUCACAGAGAAGCUGAAGAAGCUGUCGGUACAGCCCAGUGAUGAGGAAGAGUCCGACUCUGCCCCAGCUCCCCGACGGGGUAAAACUCAGGCAAGAAAUAUUUUUGCUGCCCUCGGUGAUGGCAGUGGGGAGGAAGAGGACGAGGAAGAAGAGCAGAAGGCAAAAAAAGAUAAAGGCAAAAUAAUAAAGGAGGAAGAGCCCAAAAAGCAGAAUAAGAAAGGAAAGAAAAAUGAAACUGUCAGACAGAAGCCUCCUAAAGAUGAGCAAGAAAUUGAAGAGGAGGCUCAGAAGGAAAGUUCUAAAAGCAAAAAACCUCCCCCUAAAGCUCCCCCUAAACCUCCCCCUAAAGCUCCUGAUCUGAGUGAAGAUGAAAAGGAAAAAGAAAAGGACAAGAAAAAACCUAAAAAGAACAAUAAAAAGCCAAAACCUACACAGAAUCGUUUUGAUGAGGACGAUGAAGAAGCCGGAAGCGCUGGCUCUGAAGAAGGGCAGUCUGAUGAUGAGGAAGGGGAAGAGAAGACAGAUGCUACUGAAGAUCCUUUUGCAAACCUAAGCAAGAAAGAGAAGAAGAAAAAGAAGAAACUGUUAGAUUAUGAGAAACAAGUGGCCACAAUGAAGAAGGCGACCGCAGCAGAAAAUGACUUUUCAGUAUCACAAGCAGAACUGUCGUCACGUCAAGCCAUGCUGGAGAACGCAUCUGAUAUCAAGCUGGAGAAAUUCAGUAUAUCUGCCCACGGAAAGGAGCUGUUUGUCAAUGCUGAUCUAUAUGUGGUUGCUGGGCGCCGCUAUGGUUUGGUCGGUCCUAAUGGGAAGGGAAAGACCACUCUCCUCAAGCACAUUGCCAAUCGGGCACUGAACAUUCCCCCAAACAUUGACGUAUUACUGUGUGAGCAAGAGGUUGUGGCUGAUGAAACACCAGCUGUCCAGUCUGUUCUUAGAGCUGAUACGAAAAGGCUGAAAUUGUUGGAACAGGAGAAAAGAUUGCAGGCCCGACUGGAGAAGGGCGAUGACAGCGCAGCGGAACGGUUGGAAAAGGUGUAUGAGGAAUUACGAGCCACUGGAGCUGCCUCAGCAGAAGCAAAAGCUCGGAGGAUCUUGGCUGGUCUCAGUUUUACUCCAGAAAUGCAGGACAGGGAGACCAGGAGAUUCAGUGGAGGCUGGAGGAUGAGAGUGUCAUUGGCCAGGGCUCUCUUCAUGGAACCAACUCUCCUCAUGUUGGAUGAACCAACAAAUCAUUUGGAUCUCAAUGCCGUCAUCUGGCUCAACAAUUACUUGCAGGGCUGGAAGAAGACACUCCUCAUAGUCUCCCACGACCAGGGAUUUCUGGAUGACGUGUGUACGGAUAUAAUGCACCUUGACGGACAGAAGCUGUAUUAUUAUCGAGGCAAUUACAUGACCUUUAAGAAGAUGUACCAGCAGAAGCAGAAGGAGAUGCAGAAACAGUACGACAAGCAGGAGAAGAAGUUAAAGGACCUGAAAGCCGGAGGAAAAUCCUCAAAGCAAGCGGAGAAACAGACGAAAGAGGCUCUGACUCGCAAGCAGCAGAAGUGUCGGAAGAAGAACGCAGAUGAAGAAGCCAACGAACCAGCAGAGUUACUGAAGCGACCGAAAGAAUACACCGUUAAAUUCACCUUCCCAAACCCCACCACACUCAGCCCUCCUAUUCUGGGCCUACACGGGGUUGACUUUGGUUAUUCAGGACAGAAACUUCUAUUCAAGAACCUGGACUUUGGCAUAGACAUGGACUCUAGAAUCUGUAUCGUUGGCCCAAAUGGAGUGGGGAAAAGUACUCUGCUGCUACUAUUAACUGGGAAACUGACACCUACAAAAGGGGAAAUGAGGAAAAACCACAGGCUGAAAGUCGGAUUCUUUAAUCAGCAAUAUGCUGACCAGCUAAACAUGGAGGAGACGGCGACUGAGUACAUGCAGCGCAACUUCAACCUGCCUUAUCAGGAUGCCCGGAAAUGUCUGGGGAGGUUCGGUUUGGAGAGCCACGCUCACACAAUCCAGAUCUGCAAACUGUCAGGAGGGCAGAAAGCCCGUGUGGUAUUUGCAGAGUUGUGUUGUCGGGAACCUGAUGUUCUCAUUUUGGAUGAACCUACGAAUAACCUCGACAUUGAAUCCAUUGAUGCUCUGGCAGAAGCAGUAAAUGAAUAUAAAGGAGCGGUGAUUAACGUCAGCCACGAUGCCCGGCUGAUCACGGAGACAAACUGCCAGCUGUGGGUGGUAGAAGACCUGACUGUGAAUCAAAUCGAAGGAGACUUUGAUGACUACAAGAGAGAGGUCCUGGAGAGCCUGGGCGAGGUGAUGAUCAACAAGCCCAAAGAAAAGGAGUGACCAGAACAGUGCCAAGCCCGGGGAAUGAAACGUCUCACCCCAAGCAUGAGCCCGCCAGGGAUUGUGUGGAGGACGAAUGAUCGGAGCCUCGCCAGUUUUUAUUUCCAUUUUGCUGCCUUGAUCUUGCAGAGAAUACAAAUAAAUAUUUAUAUAUUG